AUGGCCUCCAGCAACCCCCUCGGGAUCGCCAUCCGCGUCCUCUGGGGCGACGUCCAGACGAACCAGCCCUGGCAGCGCAUCCUCAAGUACUCGAUUGCCUGCGUCGCGGCCCUGAUCCUCGCCAUCCUGCCGCGCUUCAACGGCCGCGAGAACUUUCUCAUCCCUAUGGUCGUCGUCUUUGGUCACCCGGGCCAGCGCAUGGGCCUCAUGAUUGAGUCGCUGCUCAUGAUCCUCCUCGGCGCCCUCCUCGGCGUCGUCUGGUCGCUGCUCGGCCUGUACCUGGCCAGCCUCGUGUUUGACGGCGACCGCUCCGCCGCGUAUGCCAUUCGCGGUGUCUUUUUGCUCGUGGCGGCUCUCCUGCACGGCUUCAUCCGGUCGCACAGCCCGCGGCUGUUCAACUUUGUCCUGUUCAUGCUGGUCGCCGUCAUAAUUACGGUGCAGGCGCCCACCAGCGAAACAGUGGCGCUUUUCUCAAACAUCUAUGUGCCCGUCUGCACCGGAGCGGCCGUGUCUCUGCUUGGCAAUCUCGCCCUGUUUCCCGAAUUGUCCAGUAGUUAUCUCGGAGACUCGGCCAUUACUACGAUAUCAGAAGCGAUGGAGGCCCUGUCUCGCUCUACAUACUGGUUUGUGACGCCGGGAGGAGACUGCGAGGAGGUCAGACAACAGCGUGCCCGCCUAUACAGUAGCACUUCGCGCAAGAGUCGGGCAUCGGCUGCGUCGCUCCCAUUCUUGAAACGGCUGGUGGCAACUCGGCGAUGGCGCGCAUUCGCUUCUCAAUUUCCGAACCCAUUCAAGUCGUCUAUGGUAGCAGGUCAGUCCAAGGUACCACUUGAGCUCACCUCGCUUGCUAGCUUGACGGAGAGCAAGACCAGGAUCCGCUCCAAACUGCGCGCUUGUCGUGCGGCGCAAGAUGAAGUCAAUUUUGAGAUAUCCUUGUCGAAGCUACCUCCUGAUCUGAUGAGACCCAUAACCACAAACUCAAUGACCAACCUCAUCCAAGGCAUCAUCACUGUGAUCGGCGCCUGUGAGAACAAGUUUGUUUUGCUUGGCGCAAGUAACACGCACACAGCGCCAGCCAGGUUACAGACUACGAAUACUUUGCCCAAUACCUCACAAUCGUUCCGCAACACCCCGAAGUCUGGCAAGGUCCGGAAGCGAAAGGGCAAGCGAAGUCAGCAUGCGGAAGACGUCAAACCUAUCAAAGAGAUUGAAGGCGGUAGUGUAGAGCUGGUCGAACAUGUUUUGCUUUGCAUUAGAGAUCCGGUUAUGGACCUCCACCAAUCCAUCAAGGAAGCAGUUGACGUCCUCAUAGAUUGCUUGGCAUACUGUCUAGAGGUGGCCAAACUGCCGUCUGGCGAGGUAGCUUCCGAGUCAAUAUCGCUGAGCGACCUGGAUGCCAAGAUGGAUCGGUUUGCAGAUGCCAUGGUGGCAUUUGAUGCCCAAUCCGCUGAAGCGCUGAAGGCCGCCGCCACAGAGACUGAUGGCCAAGCCCUCGAUUUUAUGCCACGCAUGGAGACGUUUCUCAUAUCAUCUUUCAUCCUGGCUCUUCGACAAUCCGCUGCCCAAAUCAUGCUCAUGCUGCGCCAUUCGCGCACUCUUGUCGAGCUCAGACAGCAGCGCAACAGCAGAUCGCGCCUAUGGCUGCCGAAAUUUGCCAGCUUGGGUCAAUGGCUGUCGAGCAGUGGCACUGAGCCCAGUGUUGUGGCUGCCGCUGAGAAUGGCGUUGAUGUGGUCCGAAACGACAGCGAUGCGCCGACGGAGCUCAAUUCCGCAGCGGCGCAGAAUGCAACGACUGAAAAUAUGCAUCGCUCAAGAUCUGGCGACGAGGAGCUCGCCAGUCCCUUAUCUAACAAUAUGAAUCAUAACGAGAGCCGGCACCACACGAGGGACUCAAAGUCUGCAUCCUCGCGGUUUGAACGACUGCGGCAUACUGCAGCGGAUGUGCUUGAAUGGGCGCAGAAUUCGGAAGAUCUUGUCUACUCGGCCAAGCUUUCUAUUGCCCUCUUCCUCGUUACUUGGCCUGCCCUUGUUCCGUCUUGGAACCAGUGGUAUGCCGAGGUGCGUGGUAUAUGGGCACCGCUGCAGCUCAUCCUGGUUUUUGAGCUCGCCAUCGGGACGUCGCUCAUCGUCUUCUUCAUACGGCUCCUAGGCGUGGUCUUUGGUGGUGUCAUUGGCUAUCUCUCGUACGAGAUAGCGCGUGGAAACAGAGCCGGCGUUGUAGCUGUCGUGCUUUUUGGUAUCGUGCCGUCCAUCUAUAUUCAGGUGGCUACCAAGUACGUCAAGGCGGGUAUGAUCUCCAUCAUUUCCAUGGCUGUCGUUGCAUUGUCCGCCGUCAACACCGCUGCACCUGGCUACGAGGUUUUCUAUAAACGUUUAGUAGCAUUCAUCAUAGGAGGCGUCGUGGCCGUCCUCAUCGAGAUUUUCAUCUAUCCUGUGCGAGCCAGAGAUCGUCUCGUAGAUUCACUUGCCGCCGCUGUUCUCCAUGUGCAGAAUAUGCAGGCCGUCAUCGCCGUCGGCAUUGACCACCCAGAUCGUCCCAACUUUCGCUCGCGCAAGCUUUAUACCCGCUUCAAGCGAGCCCGCGACAAGGCGCAAAGCUGUCUAACUGCUGCAGAGACCUACCUACCUUCCUGCCUGACCGAACCGCGCCUGAAAGGAAGCUUCAAGCCCCUGGCCCCCAUUUACAGCGAGAUCAUCUAUGUGCUGCACCAGAUCACGGACCGCAUGAACAGCGUGGUCCAGCUGCGCCGCGAGUACGGUUCGUCCAUUCUGGAGGAUCUGAACCCUCGCGUAUAUGCCUAUCGGCGCAACGUCAUGGGGAGCUGCAACCUGAUUCUCUUUUCCGUCCACGAGGCGCUCACCACCUGGCUGCCCUUGCCGCAGUUUCUCCCCUCGGCGCGCCUCGCGCAGCUGCGCCUCAUCAACCGCGUCCGAGAGGUGCUCGACGCGGAGAGCGCCAAGGGCUCGACGUCGGCGCUACGCCGGUACGCUGGCGGCCGCCUGGAGCUCGACGAGUCGACGGCCAGCAUCAUCACAAAGCGCAAGUUCCUGUCGUGGAACGCGAGCACCUCGGGCCAGAUGGAGAUUAUCGAGUACCUCGAGGAGCUGACGGACCUGGUCAAGCUGCUCGUCGGCGUGAAUGCGUUUCGGCGCGGUAUGCUCGAGACGCCGAAUUACAGACUCUACAUGCAGCGCAGGGACGGCGGCAUUGAGGAAACGACACCCGGGGAGGACUAUAUGUCUGCAGAAGCUGGACGCCGUGCGCCAAAUCAUAAGCUGCAGGUAGAUGCGACGACGGAAGACGACGAGGACGGCGGCGGCUAUCCAGAUGUCAGCGUCGAGGCCAUGGUCGGCGGCACGAGGCGGUCGAGAGCCGCGACGGUCACGGAGCGACCAGACAAUCGGCUGCUGGAGCGCGCGGCGCAGCACUUGCAGGGCGCCAAGGACCUGGAGAGCGGCGCGGGAGGAGCCAGCGAGGCGGCCGUUGUCGAUGACGACGACGCCGAGGUGGAGGACAUUCCCGUUAGCUUGCAGCGCGUCGGCACGCGCAUGCGAGAGAACAACGCUGCCGUGCGCAGCAGAGCGUUUACUAUCAGCAGCGAGAAACGGCCGUAA